UAGAUGUAAUUGAUAUAUGCAUGUGGAGAGAUGGUUUGAUAAUCGACUUGAAUUCAACAUCGAAUACGACAUGUCAAAAAAUCAAUGACACUAACAUCUGUUCAAAAAUGCGAAAAUCAAGAUCCGAACACGGCAGCAGUGCCUAGAAAGCUAGGCCACGAAUUUCUCGGAAGAUUAUAUGCAGUGAAACAUCUUGUAUUCACUAUGCCAUUUCCGGAUAUUUGCGGUUAGAAACGUUUGUUUCCGCAAACAGGCCCAAUAGUAAGUAUUGCAUUGCUCUCUGCGACUUUUGCAAAGACAACGACAUGGCUCAAUUCGACAAGGCAAAAUCUUAUGCUUCGCAGGAAGAGGUAUUCGUGGGUUUCCUGGUAAAGAUCAAGUAUACUUCACUGCUAAUGUUUCAUGUAGUUCGAUGAUGGGCGAGAGGAAGAACUUGUUGAGUUUGUACGAAAUCAUCCUGAUCGAUCCGAAAUUCAAGGUUCGCCAGCAAACGUAUUGCAAGCUAUCGAUGAAUAUGGGCGAACGAAAAGAUACCUCAUGAACGUCGGGGAGAACAAAGGAGCGAUUGUUACCAAUAUGAUCAGAGAAAAGAAACCUGAAAUAAUGGUCGAGCUAGGAGGAUAUUGCGGAUAUUCCACGAUACUUUUCGGGUCCGCAGUACGAGCUGCGGGAGGGAAGAAGUACUACUCGUUAGAGAGAAGUCCGAAAUUCGCGAAAGUUAUUAGUGCGCUGGUGAAUUUUGCUGGUCUCGAAGGAUUUGUUGAGGUGGUCGUUGGUCCUAGCAACGAGGGAAUACAAACACUACAUUCCCGUGGAUUGAAGACCAUUGAUAUGAUGUUUCUAGAUCAUUAUAAGCCAGCGUACACGACUGACCUGAAGUUGUGUGAACAAUUGGGUCUGAUCAAGGAAGGAACCGUUCUCGCUGCCGACAAUGUUAUCAGCCCAGGAAACCCCCCGUACUUAGAAUAUAUACGAAGCACUGUGGAGAAAAAGGUGGAGAAUUUAAAGCAGAAAGGGAAGUUAGAUACUGAUAGAUUUGCGAAACGAUCCGCAACUCAAUAUGGUGAGGUUGAGGCGUUGGACACCGAAAUCAAAGGCAAUCCCAACCUCAUAUAUGAGAGCGAAUUGGUUAACAGCUUCGAGCCUACUGGAGAACCGGUAAAUUACCUGACUCUGAUGAAAUGGAUUUUCUGACCAUAUUGGUUUAGGAUGGAGUAGAGAUAACGCGAUGUGUGGGGGAAGUUGAAGGAACUUGAACUCAGUCAUAGAUUUUGAGGGCGGGUUGGCAUCUUGACCGGUUUGCGGUCAAGACAAGAGUCUUCACUGUGGACCUUCUCAAUUCCGUAUCUAGACAUAAGAGUGAGACGCGAAUUACCACAGUGCCGACGUGGUUCUUUUUGUAACUUCUACCACUCAGUGACUUCUCGACAACUCAAGUAAUAAUGAUACGAUUUCCAUUUGUAGCUGUAUAACUCUGACAAGAAUGCUAAUGCCACUGAAUUGUGUGAUGGCUCACGAUGAACGUGGCGCAAGAGGCGGUAUUGCAUGAGCUAAGUGAUAUUGUACAGAUAAAACCAAGAC